AUGUGUAAGGAAUUAUAUGUUAUACAUAAGUCAUGUGGCGGCGAUGGUACCAAGCCUUGCGUGUGCGAUAAAUCAUGUCCAAACUACGAACCCUACUUCGGAAUACCCUGUAUCGCUCUCGGAAUCACCCAAGACGACCCUGAUCUCAUCAAGAAUUGCCAGUACAGAUCCAUGGACGAUUCAAGGGAUAAAAAUGGCGCCAUUAUACCCAUCGCGGCGACUCACAAGUGUCCAGGACAUGAAGGACACAUGAAGGGCGCCGACAUUCCAGCGGCGGAUCCAAAUCACCGGUCAGCGAGACAGAAAAAGGUGGCGGAACAAAAAUAUAUUCAGGAACACAAGAAACUUCCAUCGGCAAGAUCAAGCGGCGCGCAAGCGUUUUUGAUGAUGCAUUUGAAUAACGCCAGAUAA